CCUAGAAUCCCAAGACGAGGGAUCUGCGCAUCGAAUUGCGGUGCUGUUUACGUCAUCCAGCGACAUUUACGGGGGAAGCUGCAAUCCGGAAACGGCUUCAUUUCAUUGUCGGUCACUCCUGCCCUCGCACUUACGGAUUCCAGCGCUGGACCUAGUCUGCACGGUUCCUUCCUUGAAGGCUAAGGCGAAUACCUGCGUAACAGCAGGAGGUUGAAAAGGGGUUUCCGAAAGCGUUCGAUGAGCACAGCUGAGGCCACACCACAAACAUCUACUAGACGCCAGAGAAAAAAGCAAGCCUAUUGCUCACCUAGCCUCGUGCCUAGCCCCGAUUGAUUGAUCUGCAUCGGUGACACGGGCGGACGGAACAUGGAGGCGCCUCUCAGGUCUCAACCCCUCGACAAGACAGACGACCACACACUCGCCAACGACGGCGACGGCCACCACAGCAGGACGAUGGCCCGCCGGAAGCUGGACCUCUUGGUCCUUACGUUCAACGCGGCAAAGACCAUCAUAGACAGCCAUGUCUUCGCCCACCACCUGCAGACGGCCUUGGCUGCGAAUGCGACGUCGCUGCCCGAGGUGGUUGUUUUCUCCCUCCAGGAGGUAUCGCCACUUAGUUAUGCAUUUAUCGGCGGCGUCUUCCUCAACCCAUUCCUCGCCCGCUACGAGGAUGCCCUCAACUUGGCCGCCGUCAAGGUACAAUCCACGCCGCCAUCGACAUUAGCCACGACGGCGACCACAUCCUUCGGCUUCAGCUCUGCCAAUAAUGUCUCCGUCAACGCCGACUCGAGCGAGGAGCCAGGCCCGCAGACCAGCCUCCUGGAACUCCAACAACAGUCCAAGCCGUACACUCUGGUGCAGCAGCACAACGUCGGUAUGACCGCGGUAAUGGUGUUCGCGCGGGACCCCAGCGCCGUGUCUCAGGUCGAGCUGGCCGAGGUCGGCUUCGGCACCAUGGACAUGGGCAACAAGGGCGCCGCCGGCGUGCGGUGUCUGUACGCAGACAAGGAGGGUGGUGGCCGGACCACCCAGCUGACCUUUGUGGCGACGCACCUGGCGCCCAUGGAGUGGAACCUACGUAGGCGCAACGCCAACUGGCGCACAAUCUGCUCUGCCCUGCUCUUCGGCGAACCCACGGCCGUCAUCAAGCGUGCGGCCGGGGACGAAGGGCAGGCCGCCGUGGCCGCCGCUGCCGCCGCUACUUCCGCGGUGUCGGGCGGCCGGGCGCAGGACAGCGCGGCGUGCAAGGAGCCUACGGCUGAGGAGGAGGAGGAGGCGGAGCGUCUGCUGGCCGAGGCCGAGGCGGCCAACGGGGCGCUAGCGGCCGACGUGCGUGCUGCCCUGCGCGACAUCACUAUCUUCCGCCCCGGCAGCCACCUCUUCCUGGCCGGGGACCUCAACUACCGCAUCUCGGAACGGAGCCCACAGAGGGACGAGCCCUUUCCGUCUCUGGAGAUGGGAUCGCAACACCACUGGAGCACCUUCCUGGACCGCGACCAGCUGUCGCGCGAGAGGGCCGAGGGGAGAGCACUCCAAGGCCUCGAGGAGGCGCCCGUAAACUUCGCGCCCACGUACAAGUACCACGACCUGCCGACGGCCGACGGCGCGCUCAACGAGGCCCAGGUGCGCGAGGCCGAGGCGAACGGGCUUCUGUCGGCGGGCUUGGUGGUGCCUUUCCGCUUCGCUAAGCACAGAUGGCCCAGCUGGACUGACAGGGUGCUGUAUGCGGGUGUGCCGGCUGACGCGCCGGCACGGAGAGGGCAAGGAGAGGACGACGAGACGGCGCGUUUCGACGUGGUAUCGUAUCAGUCCCUCCCGCUAAUGCGGUCGUCAGACCAUCAGCCCGUCUUCUUGCGCGUCAGGGUGCCCAUCCUGUCGCCAGAGGAGCUAGGUCGGCCCUCGCCGGCGACGCCGGCUGGUAACGAGGUGGGCGGCAGCAGCAGUCGCGCGAAGAAGCCACUGUAUCCUAUCGAUAUACACGCGGCGGCCAGGCGGCGGGCGGCGCGGUCGCGCGAGUUCGCGACAGGUUGGACGAUGCUGCUCUGGUGCACGCGCGAGGGCGCGGUCGCGCUCGGCUCGCUCGCCGUGCUUGGGCUGUCAACGUACUGGCUAUACCAGGCCCUCUAGGCGAGGCGGCGGGCCUCGGGCUGCUCAUUUGUCGGGCUGGGGCUGGGGAUUAUGGGGCUCGCGGGGGGUAUGGCGGCCGAGGGCGUGUCGCGCUGGUGGCGCGAGUGGACGCCGCCGUCACUGGGGAGUUGGGCGUGGUGGCGUUAGGUGAUGUUGAUUAUCAGCGAUUUGUUCUCACUCCUCACUCUUGUCGGCUGCUCAAGCCCGAGAUGCAUGGUUUCUUGUGUAUACCAGAUGUGGGAUUGGUAUAUACCUAACAUAGCGUUUGCGUCGGCUGUCUUCUGGUAUCAGUCUUUUGUCAGCAGCCUCCAAGAACCUUUUUUGACAUCUUUAUUCACUUGACCCUGUCAGUUUCUUCCCAAGUACCGCUCGACCUGCAACUUCAGAAUGGGCGAUUGGUUAACAAGACCGCCGCUGUUUGCUAUUAUAACUCUAGGUUCUCCAAACACCUCUUGUGAUACUUUGGCGGGUAAGAAAGGGAUAAUAUGCCAGGCUGAAGGACAGAUUGCCUUUGUCGGAGCUACAACGCAUGCCUCGAUGUGGCUGCCAUACUCCUUGUCACUAGUUAACUCAGGGCGGGGCGGUAAGUCUCGAAAGGAAAAACGGGGGGUGGUUGGCUGGCAACGGGAACUUCAGUCGUUUAUGGUGACAAGGGGGAAACGACCGAUAGCAGCUCGCUGUCAUCUGCUGUCGUUGCCACUUUGAUACGCUUCUAUAAACCAUACCACCAUCACCUUCUAUAGUACGGAUAUGAUCGGGAAGGAAUCUAAGCCCUUCAACGGCGAAAAAUCGGUCGCCAAAGCCUGCUCAUCGGGUCGCGUCGCCUCGUCUGUCCUCUGUCCGGUUGAUCGUCGGCGUCGUAAAAUAGUAGGGAAAACUGGCGCGCGGUUGGGGCCUAUGUACAGAAAACAGGUAGCCUCACAAAAAAAAAAGUAGCAGAUGGACUGGUGUCGCUCAAAGCGAGUGGGCGGGUAACCCAGAGAUGGAGCGAGAAAGAAAAGCCAGCGUAGUGCUCCCAAGAAAGAAGAGAGAAUCCAGGACUAGCCAGUAGAUAAGGGGGCCACACGUGAGGAAAGAACAGGCUGCGAAAUGGGGAGACGGCGAGGGGGAGACAUGCAAUGCCAAAACCUACCCUAAAAAAAUUAAAAACAGUAAAAUCUCGUAAUCCGCUAUAUAAAAG